GUACCUAUCGAAUACUUCUGCUUUAUGCCUCGGUGCAAGGCGGAGAACAGAGAGCGGAGAAUUAAAAGGGGGCGGUCGCAGCUGCUAUUGAAGUUCACCCUUGCCGACAGCGGCACUUUUUCCCUGUAGUUGUUUAUACAGUUAAUUUAAGAGAUUUCAAUAUUUUAUCUAUUUAUUUUAUUUUAAAUUAUAUAUCGCAAAAAUGCCUGAACUUAAGAAAUUAUUUGAGAAUCUGAGCGGCGCGGGGAAAGCCAUCGGCGUUCUGACGAGCGGAGGGGAUGCUCAAGGCAUGAACGGCGCGGUGAGGGCCGUGGUCCGCAUGGGGAUCUACGUCGGGGCGAAAGUCUACUUCAUUCACGAGGGUUACCAGGGCAUGGUGGACGGGGGCGAUAACAUAAAGGAAGCAAACUGGGAGAGUGUCUCCAGCAUGAUACAAGUGGGCGGCACGGUGAUUGGCAGCGCCCGCUGUAAGGAGUUCCGCGCGCGCGAGGGGCGUCUGAGGGCCGCCCGUAACCUGGUGGAGCGCGGCAUCACCAACCUGUGCGUGAUUGGAGGAGACGGCAGCCUGACGGGAGCCAAUCUCUUCAGGGAGGAGUGGAGCGGGCUGCUGGAGGAGCUCGUCCAGCAGGGCUCGAUCGCGCAGGAGGCGGCCCAGACGUACUCCGCCCUGCGCAUCGUGGGCAUGGUGGGGUCCAUCGACAACGACUUCUGCGGCACGGACAUGACCAUCGGGACGGACUCGGCCCUGCACAGGAUCAUCGAGGUGGUGGACGCCAUCAUGACCACCGCCCAGAGCCACCAGAGGACGUUCGUGUUGGAGGUCAUGGGCAGGCAUUGUGGGUACCUGGCCCUGGUCAGUGCUCUGGCCUGUGGGGCAGACUGGGUCCUGAUCCCGGAGCUGCCUCCAGAGGUCGGAUGGGAGGACCAGAUGUGCCAGAAGCUGUCUGAGAAUCGCGCGGGGAAGAAAAGACUGAACAUCAUUAUCGUAGCCGAAGGGGCGAUUGAUUCCGACAACAAGCCCAUCACCACAGACUUCAUUAAGGACCUGGUGGUGCGGCGCCUGGGCUUCGACACGCGGGUGACCAUCCUGGGGCACGUCCAGCGGGGAGGAACCCCGUCCGCUUUCGACAGGAUUCUGGCCAGUCGGAUGGGGGUGGAGGCGGUGCUGGCGCUGCUGGAGGCCUCUGUGGACACGCCCGCCUGCGUGGUGUCGCUCUGCGGGAACCAGGCCGUGCGGCUGCCCCUCAUGGAGUGCGUGCAGAUGACCCAGGAGGUGCAGAAGGCCAUGGAUGAGAAGAGGUUUGAGGAGGCUGUACGACUGCGGGGAAGGAGUUUUGAGAACAAUCUGAACACUUACAAACUGCUGGCUCACCGCAGACCGGACUCUGAGCUUCCGCACGACGGUUCGUCUCGUAGAAGCUCCUUCAACGUGGCGGUGCUGAACGUGGGCGCGCCCGCCGCGGGCAUGAACGCCGCCGUGCGCUCCGCCGUCCGGGUGGGCAUCACCGAGGGGCACACCAUGUUCGCCGUCAGCGACGGGUUCGAGGGCUUCGCCAGGGGCCAGAUUAAGGAGAUCAAAUGGGGGGACGUGGGAGGCUGGACAGGCCAAGGCGGCUCGCUUUUGGGGACAAAACGAACACUUCCUGCGAAACACAUCGAAAAAAUUGCCGAACAAAUGCGCAUCCACAACAUCAACGCCCUGCUGGUGAUCGGGGGAUUCGAGGCCCUGGAGAGCCUGCUGCAGCUGCGCGAGGCUCGCGCUGCCUUCGAGGAGCUUUGCGUCCCGCUCUGUAUGCUGCCCGCCACCAUAAGUAACAAUGUGCCCGGCACCGAUUUCAGUAUCGGCGUCGACACCUCCCUCAAUGCCAUCGUGGAGACGUGCGACCGCAUCAAGCAGUCGGCGAGCGGGACCAAGCGCCGCGUCUUCAUCAUCGAGACCAUGGGAGGCUACUGCGGGUACCUGGCCAGCGUCGGCGGGCUGGCGGCUGGAGCCGACGCCGCCUACAUUUACGAGGAGCCCUUCGACAUCCGGGACCUUCAGGCCAACGUGGAGCACCUGACGGAGAAGAUGAAGACCAGCAUUCAGAGGGGACUAGUACUGAGAAAUGAGAACAGCAGUCAAAACUACACCACGGAUUUCAUCUACCAGCUGUACACCGAGGAAGGCAGGGGCGUGUUCGACUGCAGGAAGAACGUGCUGGGCCACAUGCAACAGGGAGGUGCUCCGUCACCUUUCGAUAGAAACUUUGGAACGAAGAUCUCAGCCAAGGCCAUGCUGUGGAUCUCCAAGAAACUGCAGGAGUCGUACAGACAAGAUGAAGGGAAGGUGUUUGCUAACUCGGAGGACUCGGCCUGCCUGCUGGGGAUGCGCCGGAGGGCGCUGGUCUUCCAGCCCGUCAGCCAGCUGAAGGACGAGACCGACUUCAUUCACAGGAUCCCGAAGGAGCAGUGGUGGCUGAAGCUCCGCCCCCUGAUGAAGAUCCUGGCCAAGUACAAGACCAGCUUUGACGUGUCCGACUCGGGCCAGCUGGAGCACCUGGUGCGCAACAGGCCCAAGGAGUCCGACCCCGCCAUCUGAAGCCCCGCCCCCACGAAGCCCCGCCUCCUGAAGCCCCGCCCCCCACUAUACCAUAGACGGAAUGUCUGUGUGCGAGGGCACUGAUAGCCCGCUUUGGGUGCUUUUAAUAUGAAGUUACCUUCACACCUGCACUGCCCCAGUCCCCCCCCCCUUCCCCUGCCUCCCCUCACUCCUAAUGUUAUUCACCCCCCCCCACCCACAGGGUACCCCGGUAGUGGAAGUGAUAGCACGAGCGCUUUUUUCUCGGGGGGGGUUCGCUCCGGCACGGUCCCGGGGGCGAACCGAACCUAGUCAGCUGCCGUCCCGUCUGUCGUGUUUGUCUCCGUGGUAACGGCACUUUGUACCCCAAGCAGACUGUGAGCGCGCGCGUGUGCACGUGUGUACGUGUGUGUGUGUGCGUGUGUGUGCGUAGCUCCGCUUGUGUCAAGCUGCAGACUGUAUUUGUGUGUGUAGUGCAAUGCAAACAAAACUGUAGUGUUGUUGAGUGUCACAAUAAAGAAGAAAGUGUAUGCA